GCUCACACCCCGGAAGAGCUCGAACUGGAGUGGACAGAGUUCAGAGUAUAAUUCUUCUAACUCGCCUUGAUUAGAAAUAGUUAAUAACUACCGUACAAGUAUCAAAUAUUUCACAUUGAAAAGUGGAGUAUAUUGUUUCAAGAAAAACAUGGACGAUGUGACAGGAGCUCAGCUCAUCGCUGAGUCUCUUAAAAGUCAGAAAGUGGAGUACAUGUUUGGAAUUGUUGGCAUCCCAGUCAUUGAAGUAGCCAUGGCUGCUCAGGCUGCAGGGAUCAAAUAUGUGGGCAUGCGAAACGAACAAGCGGCAUGCUAUGCUGCAUCCGCCAUUGGAUACCUUACUGGGAGACCUGGUGCCUGCCUUGUGGUGUCUGGACCAGGACUCAUUCAUGCUCUUGGUGGGAUGGCCAACUCUAACAUAAACUGCUGGCCCGUUAUUGUUAUUGGGGGAUCCUCGGAUAGAAGCCAAGAGACAGCAGGUGCCUUUCAGGAGUUUCCUCAGGUGGAAGCGUGUCGUCUGUAUAGCAAAUUUUCUGCCAGGCCAAGCAGUCUGGAAGCAAUCCCUACAGUGAUCGAGAAGGCUGUUCGCACAAGCAUAUAUGGGCGUCCAGGUGCUUGUUACGUGGACAUUGCAGGAGACAUGGUGAAUGCCAAAGUGGACAGAAACAAAGUCAGAUUUGUACGCUGUUGUCUGCCUCCUCCCAUUUGUCUGGCCAACCACAAUGCAGUGACAGAAGCUAUAGCUGUUUUAAAGUCAGCCAAAAGACCUUUAGUCAUCAUUGGCAAAGGUGCAGCUUACGGCCGAGCAGAAGCCGCCCUGAGGGACUUUGUGGAAUUGAGCCGCCUGCCAUUCCUCCCCACACCCAUGGGCAAAGGUGUGCUGCCUGAUAAUCACCCCAAUUGCGUGGCGGCCGCCCGAUCGAGAGCUCUUCUCCAAGCGGAUGUUGUGCUCCUUCUUGGAGCCAGACUCAACUGGAUCCUUCAUUUCGGUCUGCCGCCUAGAUUUGACCCUCAUGUCAAGGUCAUCCAGGUUGACCUUUGUCAUGAGGAGAUGGGAAACAACGUGAGGCCUGCUGUCGCCCUCCUGGGGGACGUCAACGCCGUGGUCAAUCAGCUGAGGGAGUGUCUUUUUAAAGACGGCUGGAAGUAUCCCUCUGACACAGAGUGGUGGAGCACACUAAAGGAGAAAAUGGCCGCCAAUGCAAAAAUAUUGAAUGCAUUCGCUCUGCAGGCAACGUUGCCUAUGAACUACUACACCGUGUUCCACCACGUCUCGCAGCUGCUACCGCACGACUGCUUAAUUGUCAGCGAGGGCGCCAACACGAUGGACAUUGGACGCACCAUGUUGAAUAACUACUUACCUCGGCACAGGUUAGACGCUGGCACAUUCGGAACAAUGGGAGUGGGCCUCGGUUUCGCUAUUGCUGCAGCUACUUUGGAAAAGAGCCAGAAAAAAGGCAGAAGGAUCGUCUGUGUGGAAGGAGACAGUGCCUUUGGAUUUUCUGGCAUGGAGGUUGAAACCAUGUGCAGGUAUAGCCUACCUGUAGUGGUGAUCGUGGUGAAUAAUAACGGUAUAUACAGCGGCGUAGAUGCUGAAACGUGGAAAGAAAUGGCGACAAUGGGAGAUCUAACCAGCAUAGCCCCUCCGGUGACCCUCCUGCCCGAGGCGCGCUACGACCAAGUCAUGGAAGCUUUUGGCGGCCGGGGUUUCCUGGUGAGGACGGUGCAGGAGUUGCGGAGUGCCUUGCAGCUUAGCUUGAAUGACUGGGAGAGACCCAGUCUCAUCAACGUCCUCAUUGACCCUUCCUCAGACAGAAAGCAGCAGGAGUUCCCUUGGCUGACCCGUUCCAACUUGUAGACUGAAACCUUUUCACCAAACCAGUGGAAAGCGAAGAAUGUAAUAUUUUAUAAUUUAAAUGUAAAAAUAGGAUAUAAAUAGCACUAUAAUAAAACUAA